AUGACGCCAAGUAGUUCGUCAAACAUCGCGUCGUCGUCCUCGCCUGCGUGGUUGUCGUCGCUCUGUGCGACAAGGCCCCAGUCCACGCCCCUCAUCCUCCCGUCUACGCCUCUAAACCCUAACCACGCCCCUGCUCCUUACCACGCCCCUGAACCCGCCUACCACGCUCCCGAACCCGCCUACCACACCCCUGAGCCUUCCUACAACGCCCCCAAACACUACGAGCCCGAAUACGCUGACGUGCCUCCCAAGUACAACUACAACUACGGUGUCGCCGACACCUAUUCCCGCGACGGCUACAACACCGAGGGCACCUACACCGUCGACCUCCCCGACGGCCGCAAGCAGAUCGUCAACUACGUGGACAACGGCGACGGUUAUGUAGCUCAGGUCACCUACAAGGGCGAGGCUCAGUAUCCUGAGUACAAGCCCACCUACAAGCCCGCUUCCCCUACCCCAGCGUAUGCUUAA